AUGGCCGGCGAAACCGGGCCCGUCGAAAUCUCACGGGCCCUAGCCAUGGUAAUGGCCGGCUUCUUCACCCUAGCCUGCUGGAACGUCAUCGAAAUCUCCUUCUCCAUCCUAUCCACCUUCCAGCGCUACGCCGGCCUCUACUUCUGGAGCAUGGUAAUCGCCACGCUAGGAAUCCUCUUACACGCUGUAUCCUCUUUUCUCCGCUACUUCGCUCUCGCGCCCAACUUCCCCAUGUGCUUCCUCAUCUGUCUGGGCUGGUACGCAAUGGUCACCGGUCAAUCGGUGGUGCUGUAUUCACGACUACACCUUGUGACUACGCAUGAACAUUAUCCGCGCUGGAUACUGUAUAUGAUCGUGUUUAAUUUCUGCGCGCUGCAUAUACCCACGACGAUCCUUUUUCUUGGGGCUAAUAAUGGGGUUACGAGUUUCGUUGCGCCGUUUAAUGUUUAUGAGCGGAUUCAGUUGGCUGGUUUCGCGGUACAGGAAACUAUUAUCAGCGCUCUUUAUGUCUGGGAGACGACUACCUCUUUACGACCGGUUCUGGCGCUCAAGGGUCCUCGGGGGAGGAGAGUGGUUAUGAACGUCGUUGUCGUGAACGUUAUCGCCGUCAUAUUGGAUGCAUCUAUCCUUGCGACCGAAUAUACAAAUCACUUCGAGGUCCAAACGACUUACAAACCCGUCGUGUAUAGUAUCAAGUUACUAUUGGAGUUCACGGUCUUGAACAAUCUGCUGGCGGUGAUUCGGACUACGCCAUCGUCUAUUGAGGAGGUGAAUGUUUCGCAAUUACGCAGAGACGAUGUGCAUAUUGGUUCCCUUCAGAGUGGGAACCAUUUGGGUGCCGUCGUUGACGUGGAACGGUCUUCGCCGAGUGAACGGCGAGGGUCGUCGAGGGAAUCGUUUCUUAAAACACAUGAGUUUUGUGUUUUUAAUGCCCAUCAUGAAUGA